AAGAUUACGAUAGCAAGACUGGGCAGUGUUAAUAUUACGGAUGCGGUUGCUUGCCAGCCUAGAAGGAGAAAAGAUUAUAUGAUUUUGUGCUUUUGCCAUGCCAGCGGAUCAGAUUCAAUAUUCAGAAAAGUACUUUGAUGACAAAUUUGAAUACAGGCAUGUUAUUUUGCCUGCGGAUUUGGCAAAGCACGUACCAAAAGCGCACUUGAUGACUGAGACGGAAUGGCGAAACCUUGGCGUGCAGCAAAGCCCCGGCUGGGUUCAUUAUAUGGUUCAUGCUCCAGAGCCACAUGUCAUUCUUUUCCGUCGGAAGCGCGCAGAGGAGGAAAACGCGCCACAGGUGGCAUCGGCGACGCGUUCCCAAAACACCGGCCUCGCCGAUGUGCGAGGGUAAUCAAAGAUGGCCAUAGAUUUAGUAAUGCUUAUACAGUAUUUCAUAAGUCGGCAUCAGUUAUCUCGAUGUAAAACUAGAAUCAAUAGCUUUAGAAUAG